CAGCAAGCCGCAGGUGAUCCAAAGGUGAGUUUCCUGACGUCAUACAGGAAGUGGACAGAGGGACGUUGGAGUUUCUGCCUUUGUUGUUGCUGAGCAGUGGCUCGAAAAAAGUACGGACAUUGAUUUAUUGAAAGGGAAACGUCUGAUACAGCAGAGAGAUGUGCACUUUUGAUAAGGACAAAGGGCCAAGGAGGCUGAUGAAAAAGGGAUUAACUCUCAUCCUGGUUGGUCAUAUUAAUUUCAUCCUUGGAGCUAUUGUCCAUGGCAAUGUCCUCCGCCACAUUUCCAAACCCAGCCAGCAUAUCACCACUGAAUACACUGCAGCCAACAUCAUCUCUGUCACCUCUGGCCUGCUGAGCAUUGCCACUGGGAUUAUUGCCAUCGUGGUGUCAAGGAACCUUCAUGUGUUAAAACUGCAAAUAGGACUUCUAAUUGCAUCCUCCCUGAACGCCCUGCUCUCAGCAGCAUGCUGCACUGGGCUCCUCUUGGCUAUUAGUGUCACUGUUGCCCACAAUGGGCAGGGUUUGAUGCUGGGAUGCAAUGACACACAAGUGCCCAUCAACGCUCGGUCACCUGUCAGUGCCAUAUGCCCGUUUGAUACAACUCGAAUCUAUGACACCACCCUGGCGAUGUGGAUCCCUUGUGCUGUGUUGGCAGCGUUUGAGGCUGGACUGUCUGUCUGGUGCUUCAUCGUUGGAUUGGCUCUCAGAGGGCUGGCCCCCUGUGGGAACAGCUACAUCAAAGAGCAGUUGGAGGAAGAAUCUCAGUGCUCUCCCCACAGCCGACGCCUGAUUGGACAGCGCUUGAACCCUGAUGCAUAACUGGACAAAAAGCAUUAAGGCCACCACUCCGUGUAGACAAGCACAGCUAAAUCCCAAAAGGCAUUGCUGCACCUGUGUUGAGACUAGUAGAUUUUGCCCUACAGUCAGCUAGGUAAGUGUUUUCUUGUGGAACAGGAGUGAAAUCAGUUUAAAAUGGCUCUAUUUUCUUUUAUUUACAAACCAAACAGUUUAUCUUGUAUCUGUAUCCACCCAUGACUGUUUGGGUUAAGUAGUACUAACUAUGUCAUGCUAAGCAUGUCUUUCAGUAUGAAGAAACCUAUGUUUAUAAAGCAAGUACAUUUAAUAUCUAGCAAAAAUAUGUUUUAGAUUAGAUUAUUUUAUCUUAAUUAAGGUGUAUUUUUGCUUGUAUGAACUCUCACUUCAGCAAAAUGUAUUUUAUCGUUCUAAAUGUUUUUAAUAUUUUAUUGUUUGUCCAGAUUGUAAUCCAUUCCAACCAUACUCAUCAGUGUUUGCCUACAUACAAGUUUAAUGCCCACAAAUAACUAUGUUCCAUGCUAGCUGCUUAUGCACAUUGGUAAAUUGUAAUGUGGAGUCACCAUGUAAUUUGUUUGCUAUAAAAUACUAAAUUAUCUUUAAUACUAUGUAGAAACAGUAUUUGGCUUCAAAUGAAAUUGGACAUGCUAAAUUACACUGAAAAUAGUUUGUAUUAUUAGAUAAUUAUAAGGACAACUGCAGUUAGUGACGUGUUCAUUAGAGUUUCCACAGUGGCUUAAUGUUGUAAGUAAACCAUUGAGUAGUUGAACACACCACAGAUGCAGCAACUGUACUACAUUUUAUAUUUGUUGUUGUUUUUUAAUUCAUUUUUAUUUUUUAUUUUUCUUUGACAAUAUACUUUUUUGUUGCUUCUGCCUCUAGUAAGACAUAUAUACGGGGAUAAAAUGAAAAGAGAAUGGAAAAAAUGAAAUAGCAAAUGUAAAUCUUUUUCUGUGUGGACCCAGAGUUGUAAUAGGUCUCAUCACUUAAAAUUCAGAUUGCUAAAACGCAGUGUCAUGGAGAUAUUAAAAGGAUGUUUUAGGAAAGAUGCACCCUCUGAACUGAAAAUAAUCCGGACUGCAGCCUGGCUGUGUAAGGAUUGAGUGCAUUUGUGUAUGUACAGUAUACUGUGGUUCAAUGUCAAGUGGGGUCAUACUGAGAGGUUAAAUCAGUAUGUGGGCCAGCUGCCCCACAUCUCAACGACAGAGAAGAUCAGAUCAGCCAUGAAACGGUUAAUCUAGUGCUGUGCUCAAUUGGGUGGAAGGGAAUUAUAGCACGCAGUACUAAUCUUGGAGCUGUAAGGGAUAAAUAUUGACAUAGUGUUGACUGAUACUGUCUCAGUCAGUAUGACGUUGAUGAUGAAAUUAGAAUUUUUAAUUUAAAUCACAAAAUGAAUAUGAGUUAAGGGUAUAGAUGUGUGGUAAGGUAUUACAGACAAGAUUAUUGUGGUACCACGACAAAUAAACUGAAUUCAAGCAAA